UAUUUUUAGAAAUAAUUUGAUUUUAUCUUUUUUUUUAUUAUUUCACUUUUUAUUAUUAUUAUUUUACUUUUUCUUUUUUUUUAACCUUUUCUUAUAUCCUUUCCUUCAUUUCUCCUUUUCCUUUUCCUUUUGACUUUCAUGUAAAUUUGUUUUUCUUUACGUCAUCCUUUCCCUUCCUUAUUUUUUUUAUUCUAUGAUGCCCAUUAGAAAGUCUCUCGUCUUACAAGUUAUUUGUAUCCUUUGUGUGAUCUGUUUAUUCUUCCUUUCACGAAUACCUGAAAAGCCACUUUAUAUACCAAGACCUCCAGAUGAUCUUUGUUCCAUCAAUGAAGACUUGACACAAGCUUGUAUUCAUCCUGAUAAUAAUAAUACCAAAUAUGACGACAACAAAUUAAUGAAUGACACUACCAAUACUAUUAUCAAGAAAAAACGACCUUAUACAUUUGUGACAGCAGCUAGUUCCAAUCAUUUUUGUGCUUUAGAAGCAAUGUUAUAUAUUAUGCGGGAUAUCAAAAGUCAUGUUGAUCCAUCAUCUUAUCCACGACUGAUUGUAUACAAUUUAGGACUCACAGCUUAUCAAAAUCAAAUCUUAAACAAUUUAUACAAACAUGAAUUUUUUGAUGAAUUGGUAUUAUUCAAUUAUACAAAAUAUCCAGAUUUUUGGGAUGUCAGUGUCAAUCGUGGUGAAUAUGCUUGGAAACCUGGAGCUGUUAAGGAAGUACAAGAAAAAUAUGGUGGUAUUAUUGUAUGGCUUGAUACAGGUGAUGUACCAAAUACUCAAUUUGUAGAAAAUAUGCCUGAUUAUAUUGAACGUUAUGGAUUUUGGUCUCCUCGAAGUACUGGUUUUAUGGGUGCAAAAUUCAAUCAUAUUGGAUUAUUUAGAUAUUUUCAUUCAAGUCGAAAACUAUAUGCCAACUUGGAAAAUUGUAAUGGAGCAGCUCUUGGAUUUGAUGCGGACAAUCCUAAAAUAGUAGAAGAUUUGAUUCAACCUUGGUAUGAUUGUGCUUUGAAUAAGAAUUGUAUUGCUCCAAAAGGUUCUUCAAGAAGAAAUCAUCGUCAAGAUCAAACUGCUAUUUCUUUUUUGGCUUUACGAGCAGGUUAUCGAUGCUUUGAAUAUCCAGAAUUCCAUGGUUUAACUAUACAUCAAGAUGAUUUUUGCAAGGAACGUUUGGCUUUAUUACAUCAAACUGGUUCUUUAUUGACUCCUUCUUCUUACAUAAAUGGUAAGUAAAUAAACAAAAAAAAAGGGGAGGAGACGGGAAAAGGAGAGAAGAAAAAAAAAAUAAAAGAUUUUGAUGAUUGAUGAUUGAUUUGAUGAUGUCCUGUCAUUGGUAGAUUUGAUUUCUAUAUAGGUUGCAUUCUUUAUUAUUGUUACAGUGGAUUUACUUUUAUUCAAGUGCAGGUCACUGUUUUAUUAUUCUUUAUUAUUAAAAUAGUUUAAAAUAUAUAUUUCUUCUUUAUAAUUUUUAGUUUAUUUUAUACUUAUUUUAGAACUUCUUUUAUACCAAAUGAAUUGAACAAUAAAGUCGAAAGAUAUGAAAACUGGGGGAGAGAAUCCUCUCCUUUUUAAGAAUGUAA